UAGUAAGCUUGAAAGCAUUAAGGUCUUUAACUUAAUCCUUAGGUUUUGAUAUUUAUUCUCCUUAGAGUCAGGAUUUUGUAACCUAAGCUAAAGAACCACUUAAGAAGUUACUAGAUGGGAGGAUAUAUUAGUUUGAUAAAUGAUGACAAGGUUUUCUGCCUUCUCCUCUAGACUAGAAGCCAUUGGGAAGAUAUGGAUAGAAUAAUGAAGAAUUUGUAAAGAUAAACCAUCUUUAGGCUUAGCAAAAAUUGGAAAUAUGCACAGUCUUUACUUUUGAGCUUAGUAAAUAAAUAAGUGACUUAAAGUAGAAAUGAGUGUUCUUCAUAUAAUUUAUCAACGAUACAGAAUUUUUAAGAAGUUAUGCUUGAAAAUAAUCAAUUUCCUCUCUGGAAAUUCAAAUUAUAGAACCAAUAAAAGUUAUGAGAAAUCACUGUUAACUUGGCUCAACUGAAGUCUCACAGAUCUUGAACUGAACUUACUCCAGAGCUUCAGUAUUGUCUUUAAUAAUCGACCGAGCUUGACUCUCCAUUUAUUGUUAUAA